UAAAUUUAAACUCUACCUGAAAUGACAUUUAAGUUCAAUCGGCUGUGUACAAUACUCAGUAAACGAACUGCAUCGUUGUAUCAUACUCAAUAUACCAAAAUGAGCACGUGCAAAAAUCCUGUUGGCGAACCAUCGGACAUUGUAUGGAUGGAUUUGGAAAUGACCGGACUGAGUAUAGAGAAAGAUCAGAUAUUGGAAGUUGCAUGUAUUAUAACGGACAAAUAUUUGAAUAUUAAAUCUGAAGGACCUUGUUUUGCAAUAAAGCAUGCAGAUCAUGUUUAUGAGAGCAUGAACGAGUGGUGCAUUAAGCAUCACAACGAAUCUGGUCUGAUAGACAGGUGUAAGAACUCAGAUGUGACGCCCGAUCGAGCGGAAAAUCUGAUUCUUACGUACCUGAAGGAAAACAUACCAAAGCGAAAGUGCCCAUUGGCUGGCAACUCCGUCUAUAUGGAUCGCUUGUUUCUACGAAAGUUUUUCCCCGUUGUCGAUGAAUAUUUACACUAUCGUAUCAUAGACGUUUCUACUAUAAAGGAGCUGGCAACUAGAUGGAAUCCACAGGUUGCUAAUAGAGUUCCACGCAAACAGCUCGCUCACCGCAGCCUCGAAGACAUUAAAGAGAGCAUAUCAGAAUUGAAAUACUAUAAGGAGCAUUUAUUCAAAUGAAUUUGUUGUUAUAAUAAAUCUAUGAACUUUAAAACAAAAAUAAA